CCGGGGGCUGACUAUCACCUGCUGGAGCCCCGCACCGACCUGCUCAGCCGGCUGGGCUUCAAGAGCAAACACAACAGGCGCGCGCGCCUGGGAGCAGCGGCCGCUUGGGAGCAGCGCGGGUUUGGAAGGAGCUCGGCGAGCGGCCUGCAGGCUGCUGCGGCCGGCCGCGGCGUCUGCUUAGCGCGCCGCUUGCUUGGCGCGCCAGGACCGUCUGAAAGGGGCAGGGCGCCGUUGCUUGACAGCUGA